AUGGACGGAUUUACGAGAGAGCAAAUUGGCCAAAGCGUUUGGGAGUUCCCGGACACCUACGAGCUUGUUAGUUUUCUGGGUGGCGGUUCAUUUGGUCAGGUGGCCAAGGUGAGAAAAAGAGGCACCGAAAACUACUUCGCCAUGAAAAAGCUUAUGCGCCCCUUCGAGAGGGAGGAGGAUGCUAAGGGUGCCUAUCGCGAAAUCCGACUGCUAAAGCAUAUGGAGCACCCAAACAUCAUCAGCCUGCUGAACGUCUUCCAUCCACCGGCGAUGAGGAUGGAAUUUCGGCAGGUUUAUUUGGUGACUCAUCUUAUGGACGAGGAUCUGCACAAGUACUCGCGUUCGAGAAGGAUGAGUGAGCACGAGAUUAGGCCAAUCCUUUACCAAAUACUGCGGGGUCUGAAGUACAUACACAGCGCCGGUGUUGUUCAUCGCGAUUUGAAGCCCUGCAACAUCGCAGUUAAUGCAAAUAAUGAGGUGCGCAUACUUGACUUUGGUCUAUCCCGUCUGUGCGCAGAGAACAUGACGGACUUUGUGGGUACUCUGUGGUAUCGGGCACCGGAAACACUCUUCCUCAGGGGUCAGUACACAAAGGCCAUCGACAUGUGGUCUGUUGGUUGCAUUCUGGCGGAACUUAUUUCGGGACGGGUCCUGUUCCCCGGUGAAGACUACUUCCACCAACUGCGGUGCCUGCUUGACGUAAUGGGCACUCCGACUAGGGAGUUUGUCAGUGGAAUUGGCUUGCAACAUUCGCGUAAUUACGUGGAGAGGUACCCGUUGCGGCAAAGAUGUGAUUUUCACCACUUGUUUCUGGGUGCCGACGUCCAGGCAGUGGAUUUAAUGGAGAAAAUGCUCGAAAUGGUACCCGAAAGACGUAUUACAGCCGCGGCUGCAAUGCGCCAUCCAUACCUAAGGGAUUUCAUUCAGCCACACCAUCAUGACGAAGACAUCGCACCAGUAUAUGAUCAGAACUUCGAAAACCUAAUACUGCCCGUAAAUUGCUGGAAGGAACUUAUUUACAAUGAGAUUCAGAAUUUCAACCCAAAAUAA